AGGACACGGCCUGCUCCCUACCGUUGGCCGGAGCCCUCAGUUCUCGUCCACGAAGCCAGGCCCACCAUGUUUUAUGGGACCCACUUCAUCAUGUCCCCACCCGCCAAGAGCAAGCUGAAGCGGCAGAGCCAGCUGCUGUCCAACGUGCUGUCCCGGACGCUGAGCUACAAACACCGCGACCUGGACACCACCUUCUCCAGUCUGGGUGCCAGCGAUGACCCGGCUGAGCUCUCCACCCAGCUCUCGGCCCCCGGGGUCCUGAAGGUGUUCGGGGACAGCGUCUGCACCGGCACCCACUACAAGAGCGUCCUGGCCACCGGCACGUCCAGCGCCCGGGAGCUGGUGAAGGAGGCCCUGGAGCGCUACGGCCUGAGCCCCGAGCGCGCCGGCCAGUACGUGCUGUGCGACGUGGUGGGCCGGGCUGGCGACUCCGGGCGGCAGUGGCAGGCCGAAUGCUUUCGGGUGUUUGGGGACAAUGAGAAGCCCCUCCUGAUCCAGGAGUUAUGGAAACCCCGAGAGGGCUUGUCCCGGAGGUUUGAGCUGAGGAAGAGGUCGGACGUGGAGGAGCUGGCAGCCAAAGACGUGGACACCCUGACAGCAGGGAUAAACGCCCAGGCCCGGAGGUUGCAGCGGAGCCGCGCCAAGGGGACCCCAGCCCCAGCCUCAGAGGGUACUCGGAGCCCCCCUCUACCCCGGCUGCGCCGCACGGUCAGCGAGACCAGCCUGAGCUCAGCCACCACCCUGCUGGACGCCGCCCGGGGCCCCGAGGAGCCCGGCCAGGACACCAUGCGCUGCUCCCUCUACGAGUCGCCCCACCUGCUCCUUCUGCAGGGCUACAGCCAGCAGCACGACAGCCUGGUGUAUGUGCUGAACCGGGAGCGGCACACGGUGGGCCAGAGGACCCCCUCCAGCAAGCCCAGCAUCAACCUCGCGGCCCCCGACAUCCUGCCCCUGCACUGCACCAUCCGCCGGCGCCAGCCCUCGGGCGGGGAGCAGGCCGGGCCACGGCUGGUCCUGGAGCCCAUCCCUGGUGCGCCUGUGUCGGUCAACUUCUCGGAGGUGGGGGGCCGCGCCGUGGUGCUGCGCCACGGGGACCUGCUCUCCCUGGGCCUCUACUACCUGCUGCUGUUCAAGGACCCGGCGCAGGCCCAGCCCCUGCCCGCCCAGGCCCUGGCCCGCCUCCGGGCUGUGCCGCAGAGCUGUCGGAUGUGCGGCACCGUGCUCCGGGCCCGGGGCGCCUCGGUCUCCGAGCGGGCCGCCCUCCUGCUGCAGCGGAUCAUGACGCUGGUCGAGCCGGGCGGCGACGACCACAAGCUGACCCCUGCCUUCCUCCUCUGCCUCUGCGUCCAGCACUCGGCCACCCGCCUUGAGCCGGGCUCGUUCGGGCAGCUCCUGCUUAAGAUAGCCAAGACGAUCCGCGAGACAGUCUGGGAGAAAACCAAAGAACUGGCAGAGAAGCAGGCGCACCUCCAGGAGCCCCUCUCCUUGGCCAGCUUUACCAUGGCUGGCCUGGCUCCAGACCUGCAGCCCAUCCUCUUCUGGAUGUCCAACUCGGUGGAGCUGCUGUACUUCAUCCAGCAGAAGUGUCCCCUCUACAUGCAGAGCUUGGAGGAGGAGCUGGAUGUCACAGGCUCGAAGGAGUCCCUGUUCUCCUGCACCCUCACGGCCAGCGAGGAGGCCAUGGCGGUGCUGGAGGAGGUCAUCCUGUACGCCUUCCAGCAGUGCGUGUACUACGUCUCGAAGUCCCUGUACGUCUGCCUCCCGGCCCUGCUCGAAUGCCCCCCGUUCCAGACGGAGCGCCGGGAGGGCUGGUGCCCGGCCCCCCAGCUGCCCGAGGAGCUGCGCCGCGUCGUGUCGGUCUACCAGGCUGCUCUGGACCUGCUGCGGCAGCUGCAGGUGCACCCUGAGAUCGCCGCCCAGGUGCUGGCCUACCUCUUCUUCUUCUCCAGCACGCUGCUCCUCAACCAGCUGCUGGACAGGGGCCCCUCUCUGAGCUGCUUCCACUGGCCCAGAGGUGUCCAGGCCUGUGCCCGCCUGCAGCAGCUCCUGGACUGGACGAGGGGUGCUGGCUUCGGGGAGGCCGGCGAGCACUUCUUCCGGAAGCUCUCCUGCUCCCUCAACCUGCUGGCCACUCCCAGUGCCCAGCUCAUCCAGAUGAGCUGGGCCAACCUGCGGGCUGCCUUCCCCUCCCUGAGCCCUGCGCAGCUGCACCGGCUGCUGACUCAGUACCAGCUGGCCUCGGCCAUGGGCCCCAUGAGUGCCUGGGAGCCAGGCGCCCAGGACAGCCCUGAAGCCUUCAAGUCUGAGGAGGUCCUGGAGUCCUAUGAAAACCCGCCACCCAUCGUUUUGCCGAGCGAGGGCUUCCAGGUGGACCUGGAAGCGGACUGCCUGGAUGACAGCAUCUACCAGCACCUCCUGUACAUCCGCCACUUCCUGUGGAGCCUGCGGAGCAAGCCCAGCCCGGGCGGGGGGCCCACCCAGCCAGCGUGCCCCGAGGGCCCGCGUCUCACCAGCCCUGAGGGCCUCCCAGAGGCCCAGAGCUGCCCCCUGGCUUCCAGGGACCCUGGCAGGGGAGCCCGAGAGGCCGGCCCGGAGCGCCCUCUUCCUUCCGCGGGGGCUCCCUGGGCUCAGGGCCCUCCAGGAAGGCAGCCCAGCCGUGCGAGCCGGGGGGGCGCUCAGGCCGGGCCCCUGCACGGGGACUCCUCGUGCCUGCUCACGCCCCCCAGCACCCCUCUCGGCCCCGAGCCCGCUGUGCCCGACCGGCCAGCGCCCAGCAGUGCCUGCGGGGAAGCGCUCUUGGAAGGGAGAAGGAAUGGGCCGAGCGGCCCCUGGGGCACAGCUCCGGAAGGAGACUGUGCAGCCCCGGCCGCCGAGCCCCCUCCAGCCCCCUCCAGCCGCAGCUCCAGCACAGACGACUUCUGCUACAUGUUCGUGGUGGAGCUGGAGCGAGGCCCUUCUGGGCUGGGCAUGGGCCUGAUCGACGGGAUGCACACGCCACUGGGUGCCCCCGGGCUCUACAUCCAGACCCUGCUCCCCGGUAGCCCUGCAGCGGCCGACGGGCGGCUGUCGCUGGGAGACCGCAUCCUGGAGGUGAAUGGAAGCAGCCUGGUGGGCAUCAGCUACCUGAGAGCCGUGGAUCUGAUUCGACACGGGGGAAAGAAGAUGCGGUUUCUGGUCGCCAAGUCUGAUGUGGAAACAGCCAAGAAGAUCCGCUUCCGCACGCCUCCCACCUAGGUGGGCUGCAAAGAUGGCCCAGGCACCCACACCUGAGGGUCCCCAGGUCACGUCACCUCUGCCAGCUGUUUUGUGUGGUGGGUCACCUUUGGGACACUGGCUUCGGUCCUCACCCUGUAGAUAAUGUACAUCUUGGUGUAUAUUUUAUUUAUAUGACAGAUAACACUGUUGUGAUGUUUGUCAGAGCUUUUAUGUUUGGAAAUUUUAAUGGAGAAGUAUGCAUUCAAUAAAAUAUCUUUCAUAUUCUUAGA